UGACCUCUCUUUCUGUGAGUCAAAAAAAAAAACUACAAAACUCGUAAGAGCGAAAAAAAGGAAACAUUAUUUAUAGCAAUAUAGAAUAGAUAGAUGGAUAGAUAGAUCAAGAUAGAUAGAUUUUAGAGGAAUAGUAUGAGUGGUCUUACUCAUCUUGAAUCAGGUUACUCUGAGUUUGUUGAACUUGAUCCCUCUGGAAGAUAUGGCAGAUACAAUGAAAUCCUUGGCAAAGGCUCUUCAAAGACAGUUUAUAGAGCAUUUGAUGAGUAUGAGGGGAUUGAAGUUGCUUGGAACCAGGUCAAACUCUAUGAUUUCCUGCAAAGCCCUGAAGAUCUUGAGAGGCUCUACUGUGAAAUUCAUUUGCUCAAGACAUUGAAACACCACAACAUUAUGAAGUUUUACACUUCUUGGGUUGAUACUGCAAACAGGAACAUCAAUUUUGUCACUGAAAUGUUCACUUCUGGGACUCUAAAACAGUAUAGGCAAAAGCACAAGCGAGUCAACAUUAGAGCAGUGAAGCAUUGGUGCAGACAGAUCUUGAAAGGUCUUCUCUAUCUUCAUAGCCAUGACCCACCAGUCAUCCACAGAGAUCUCAAGUGUGACAACAUUUUUAUCAAUGGCAACCAAGGGGAAGUGAAAAUCGGUGAUCUUGGCCUUGCGGCGAUUCUUCGAAAAUCCCAUGCUGCUCACUGUGUUGGCACACCGGAGUUCAUGGCUCCAGAAGUAUAUGCCGAGGAGUACAAUGAAUUGGUUGAUAUUUAUUCUUUUGGGAUGUGCAUCUUGGAAAUGAUCACCUUUGAAUAUCCCUAUAGUGAAUGCACUCAUCCUGCUCAGAUCUACAAGAAAGUUAUCUCUGGGAAAAAACCAGAUGCCUUGUACAAAGUGAAAGAACCAGAGGUGAGGCAAUUUGUUGAGAAAUGCUUGGCCACCGUGUCACAAAGGCUCUCUGCGAGGGAGCUUUUGAAUGACCCUUUUCUCCAAAUUGAUGAUUGUGAAUUGGGUUUAAAAUCGAUAGAGUGCCGUGGAGAAACAGACUACAUGGACCCUUUGUUUAGGCAUCCUUAUCUUGAACUUCAUUAUGAAGGAAAAUCAUUUAGUAACAGCUCCUUCAAUGGCUACGCCAAUGGUGUUGUCAACUUUGAAGCCCAAAAUGAAUGGGAGCUCCAUUCAACUGACAUCAAACAAAGUGGAAUGGAACUAUUUGAAUACAAUGACGAUGAACAUGAUGAGCAUCCUGUUAAUGUUGAUAUAACCAUCAAAGGGAAGAGGAGAGAAGAUGGUAUCAUCUUUUUAAGACUCAGAAUUUCAGACAAAGAAGGACGCAUCCGAAACAUCUAUUUCCCAUUUGACAUUGAAACCGACACAGCAUUAAGUGUUGCGACUGAAAUGGUUGCAGAACUGGAUAUAACCGAUCAAGAUGUGACUAAAAUAGCUGAUAUGAUUGAUGGAGAGAUUGCUUCGCUGGUACCCGAAUGGGAGCCAGGGCCAAGAAUAGAAGAAACUCCCCGGUUUGCCAAUUUAAAUUUCUGCCACAAUUGUGCCUCCAAUCACACCUCAACUGGUUCCUUAAUGAACUUUCUGUUAAAUAAUCCAGGAGCCAAGAACUUGCAAAUUCUACAAUGUUCUGGAAAUGGAUGUGCAGCUAUGCAUGGCCGGUUCGAAGAAAUCACAUAUCAAGUUGAUGGACCUGAGAAUUAUGCGUCAGAAAGUGCAAAUGAUCCGACUUUAUCAGGCCGAGCCAAUGGUUUCCAUUUUCCGGAAAUUUGGGAUCACCACGAAAGCCUUGGAUGCAGUUCACUAGGCUCUGGAGAGAGUCAUACUGAUGAAGAACAUCAAUCAACUUCUAAGAGAGAAACGGAGCCCGAAGCCAUAUCUUGUGAAAGAAAUUUGAUCCAAUCUUUAUCGGGUACUCAUUCUUGUACCAAGAUUCCUGCAUCAAUUGAUCGUGAUCUUUCAGAUGAUUAUGAGCUUGAAAUUCAGCAAGAACUGAGAUGGCUUAGAGCAAAGUACCAGAUGGAACUGAGAAAACUUAGAGAUCAACAGUUAGGACUUGUACCAAAAUCUCCAAAGAUUAAUUCAAGUUCGUGUGUUAGCAAACCCAAAAUCAUUAAUGGCGUUUCAUCAUCAUCUUCAGUUUUGAAACAUUGCGGCUCAAGUUUGCACGGGCAAGUUCACAAAAUCACCCCCAUUUCGGAAACCCUUAGGGCCAGGAAAUGCGAACCGGUCUAUGGCUCUUCCAAUGUAGGGGAUAUGGUUACUGCCAAGAGCUUCUAUACAGGGUCAUGUCUUCCAAAGACUCUUCACAGGACAACAUCCCUACCAGUUGAUGCUGUUGAUUUAUAACAGUUUGUAAGGGCGGUUUGGCCCAACAUAAGAUUUUCCAUAAGCGUUCUUAGUGGUGUAAGUUCGAGUCAUACAAGCAAACUUUCUAGAAAUGAAAAAAAGGACUCUAUACAUCUGGUCCUUUUAGUGAAA